AUCAUGUUCCUGGCGAAUUCGGUUAUCAUUCAUCAUUGCUGAUUUUCUUCGGAUGACCCUGCCAGGAAUGCUGUUGUCACUUGGGACUCACUUUUACAUUCCACGGAGCAAAAGUUUUCUCUGUUUACCGGAACUUUGCCUCUCUGUGCCAGAUUAAUCCCACGACAAAAUCCUUUCUCACUUCACUCAUUCAGUCGCUCAUUUCAUACAGUCUUUUUAAAUUACACGACAUCAAAAUAACUUACUCCAGUCAGCCAUCAUAUUCCAUUCUGUCUAUUUUCAGAAGACACUCAAUCAACUAUAAUCGUAGCCAUGCAACCCAACCACCUUCUUCUCAUCCCUCUCAUCGCUCUCCUCGCCAAUGUCCAAUCCAUUGACUUCCCCUCCCUGAACAUUGAUGUCACGUCUAUGCCGGACGCAGAAUCCUUCGUUCCCUCAACAGAUCUAUCGAACAGCCAAUCAUCCUCAUCUUCAUUCUCCUCAUCCUCAUCCUCCAGCUCUUUCGCAAACGGUCGCGGAAGCUCCAGUAUCUCACAGGUCAGCACAACCUGUGACUCGGACGCAAAUUGUGAGACGCUUGUUAAUGGUAUUGUUAAUGGGACCGUCGUAGGUGUUUCGGGUCUGGUGACUUCCACGGUGAGGAGUAGCACUGCGAGUAAGAGCUCUAGUGAGAGUGAGCAGCAGAGUGUGCAGACUGCUGGACCGAUGGGAAAUAGUGCGUUACUGGGGGGAAGUGCAAAUUUGCCUGCGAGUGGGACGGUGGGGACUACGGUGGUUGUAACCGGGACGCCUAUUGGGACACCUACUGGGAUGGCGAAGCUUCAGGAGGCGAGUAGUAAGGCUGGGAAAAGAGCGGAUAAUAUGGUAUGUUGUUCUUCUCACUUGUCCUUUUUGUUGUUUGAAGUGGGUGGAAGUGGAUUGGGACUAAUUUCUGUGGUUUAUAGGGAAAUCUUAUGAAAUUGGUACUUGGGAUUGCAAUCGGAGCUCUGGUAUUGUAGAGAAAAAGUUGGGGAUUUUUGUACUAGCUAUCCUGUUGCAAUUUAAGAACAUUUCGUUGAUGGAAUAUUUUCUUGGGUUUGGAGUCAUUG